UCGCCUCCUCCAUCACCAUCUUUGCUACAACGAUCAGGAUCAUUUGGCCUCUGAACACAGCCACCUGCAGGCACUAGCCAAAUGAAUUGAAAUGAUAUCAACCGCAUGUUUCAAAAAACGUGUAGUCUCCUUUUCAUUUUCCUUUCUUUCUUUCCUUCUUUCUUUCCUUUGCCCAUUUUUCCUUACUCCUUUUUUUUUGGGGGCCAGACCAAGGCUUCAGCAAAGAUGUCUUUAUCCAACACCUUUCACCGUCAUCUUAGUGACCAACAUAGUAACCAUAGCUUCAGCAAUUGCAAUAGUUACAUCCCUUCCAAAAGAACGCCUUUACAAGUACCAGAGUUGCUACGAAUCAUUUUUUCUUUUCUCAGUCCUCACUGCCUCCGGUUCUCAGUAGGACCUGUCUGCCGUCAAUGGUACGACAUCUCAAAGGCAUGGCAACUAGCUAACUCGGUUGUGACCUGGACGGAGAUCUGGCAAGAGGGUGAAACACUUCAGGAACAAGUUCUUCAACAAAUUGAUAACGGUGCUCAACACUUGGUCAUGAAGACAUUGGGUUUAAGUACCUAUUAUAAAACUCAUCCAGAGAGCUGGACUGGGCUUUUAGAGCAUCUCCAACUCUUGUCUACACCUGUGAAUGACCAACAGCAGCAACAACAACAAUACCGACGAUAUCUCCAGAUUAAAGAUCUUAAACUCGAGGGGAUUCUGGAAGCGGAAGCACAUCUAUUCCCAUUGUUAACUAUUAUUGGUUAUCAACUGACGUGUAUUGAAGUUGAUCAUGUCCGAACAAAUCAGAUCCCUAUCAACAAGAUUUUAUGUCUCUGUCCACAGCUACUCACUUUUCGUUGGAUCAACAGCAGAGGCAUGGCUGCAUACUAUGGAGCAGCUAUAUUACAGGAAGAACAAGAUCAAGGCGAAAAAAACGAAAACGAAGACGAAAAAGAAAAUGAAGAAGAAGAAGAAGAAGAAGAAAGAAAUGAGGAUAAAGAGGCAAAAUCAAUGACAACAGCAAUAGAAGCAAUAGAACUACCGGCUCGCCUUCGAUUACGGUCGCUCACUCUAGGAUUCAUGUUUGUGGAAAGAACAGCAUUGAAAAGAUUAUUACAAGCCUGUCCAGAUUUAGAAGAACUUUGUUUAAAACGACUUCAACGAGGCAGGAUUCAUCUCUUGGAUGGAUUUCCUUAUCUCAGCACUCAAUAUGCCUCCUCAUUAUUCGAAGGCAUGUUCCUUUCUGACCUCACAGCCUCCUGUCCUAAACUAGUCAAGGCCCAUUUCUCAGGGGGUCUACAUGACGGUUGGGCGCAACGGACACCCUCUCAAGUGGAUGGUAUAUUUGAGGAACUCGCUUGUGUGAAACAUUGGAGUUUUUGGUCGAUGGAUUUUACUCGAGCAACUUAUCUUGCUUUCCUUAAGAGACAACAAUCUCAACUAAUGGAUCACACUCUGACAACCCUGGAAAUCAUAGAUACUAACUCUGUCGGGGAUUGGUGUGGAAAUUUGCUUCAUUCUUUUCUGUGUGAGGCGAGGCAGCUACGACACCUCAAGGCCCCUCAUGUCCAGUUUUCAAUUGCUUGGUUUGACAUUGAAGAGAUCUUGGAUGAUCCGGAAGAAACGCCAGAAUAUCAUGGCGAUACUAUCAUGAUGGAUAUGAGUGGGGCUCUGCAUAUGAAUUCGCAUACGGACACGAACUCAGACAUGGACACAAUCAAUUCUUCUUCAUCAUCUUCUUCUCCUCCUUCUCCUCCUUCUCGUCAUUGCAAAAAGAUCUGGGCCUGUCGCAAUCUAUCCACUCUUCAAAUCGCCUGCGCUGGCCGUAGCUGGGAUAGGAGCCGGCGUGACCUUGCUGCUAGAGACUGUCGAAUCAUGUUUGGGUACUUGAGUAAAAUGGUACCUAACCUAGAGGAGUUAUCUCUAAGAUUGCCCAAGAUACCUACUUUGGAUUUGGGCACAGGACUCUGUCUGUUGACAAGGAUGCACAAGCUUGAACGGCUGGAGAUCAAGUCAAUAGAGGAAAUCAGAUCACCAAUCCCAUGGAAUGUCGAUUGGAUUCAGAAACGUCUCUCAACUGCACAAAAAUUGAAAUUGCGGUUACGACUCACGCAGGCUUCUUUCAAGCAAGACUUCGCUUCAAACAGCCAUUCCAAAGACGCUUUUGAACCGAACAUUGCUACAGAUAAUCGAGAUUCUCUAAAAUCCCACGACGGACAGGAACAAACUAUAUUAUCCAACGAUGUUUUGGCUUCUUCCUCUUCUUCCCUUUCUCACCCAGACUACAUAAUCGAUGGAGUCGAUACACGGAAUAUAGGGUGUUGGCAAGACAUUGUGAGUUUACUGCAGGAUCGAAUGAACAAUGAUUGGUGCUGUUGGCCCCGGAUGGAACAUAUUGACAUUGGUUCGGAUGAUGGCGUAUCCGACUGUUCAAAUUCUCUCAACAAGUUGAUGGACGCUAUCAAGAAGUAUCGGCCUACGAUCAAUGUUGUACGUUCUAAAAUCACUCCACCCAAACCUUCAGGUGUCAUCAUUAAUAGGCCCUGGAAAUGCGGCAAGGGCCGACUAUUUUGAACAAUAAACGAG